AAUGUUGUGUCGAAGAGUGCCCUGCAGUUCCGGGGCAAUGCCCAGCACGAUGCCCAGGAGUUCCUCCUGUGGCUCCUGGACAGAGUUCACGAGGACCUCAACAACAUCGUCCUGCCCAGCAGCAGACCAACCAGGAAGGUAACUAUCUUUUUUGGGACAAACUUUUGUUCAUUACAUCACUUACAAGCUGGGGAUUACAUCUCAGACAGUUGAAUGAUAUUAGAUAUAGCCUAUAGUCUGGUAGCAUCGCUGCCAACUGCACUGUAUGUCCUGUCUGACUGUAAUGGUUAUGAAGCUUCUAUACUCUUAGAAAAAAGGGUUCCAAAAGGGUUCUUCGGCUGUCACCAUAGGAGAAACCUUUUUGGUUCCAGGUAGAACCCUUUUUGGUUUCAGGUAGAACUAUUUUGGGUUCCAUGUAGAACCCCCCAAAAGGGUUAUUCAAGAGUUAUCCUAUGGGGACAGCCGAAGACCCAUUUUAGGUUCUAGAUAGCCUCUUUUUUUUUUAAAGAGUGUAGACUCUGGAUUGGUACCUUUCUAUUCUGAACAGACAGCAUUGUAUCUCCCCCAACUGUAUUGUCUGGGCUGUAUCCCCCUUUACCGCAUUUUUGUUGUUGUAUCUCCCUUAACUGUCAAUUAUCUGAUUGUGUUUACUUUGUUGAAUUGUUUACUCUCCAGUUACUCUCUUCGGGCGUUAAUGUGGCCUGUUAAGUAUCUAUCUCUUGACUAACUUCUGUGUUACUGUAUGUUGUGUCUCUCCUGACUGUGUCGUCUGUCUGCUUGCUGUUUCUGUAGCCUCUGUUGGAGGAUGAAAAUGUCCCUGAAGGAUCCUCAUUACCAGCAGCAGGCUCCUUCGUACAAGAGCUAUUUCAGGCUCAAUACAGGUGACUCUCCAAAAUACUCUUCUGAUUGACACCCCACUGCACUCUUACAGAAUACAGUUGCUAUAGAUAGACACGUACUGUAGAUACAGUAAAUCGCAAGUGAGCUAGACAGUUUUCUAAUGCUAAUUUGACAACUAACGCUGGACUUGUUGUUAAUAUAGCUUUUACAUUGAGACAGAAUGUGGUUUUCAAAUGCGGUUUGAAGUGAAUGUUCUUUUUUGUCUCCACACAAACAGGUCCUCCCUGACUUGCCCUCACUGCCAGAAACAGAGCAACACCUUUGAUCCUUUCCUCUGCAUCUCACUGCCCAUCCCGGUACCACACACUCGGUAAGACGAUAUCUAAUAUCUUGGUAAGGCAAUAUCCUAUACACAGAGAGCGGUAUAACCCACUACAAAAUGGAGAAAGAGCGUGUCUUAUUCUGCUGUAUUUGAUCUCAACCUACAAGAGUGUCAAACCUGGCAGUGAUACACAGAAUGAUGCCACAGACAAACCACAAACAAUGUAGAAGCAGGAUGAGAUAGUUAACUAAAUUGUCCUGUGUGUCCCUCCCAGGCCCCUGUAUGUGACGGUAGUGUACCAGGGAAAGUGUUCGCACUGUAUGACAGUGGGCGUGGCGGUGCCUCUCUCCAGCACUGUGUCUAGACUGAGAAACGCUGUGGCCCAGGAGACUAAAAUACCCUCCGAACAGGUACCAAGUCCAAUACCCUUGAAAUUGAGCCUCAAAGUGUAUACAAGUUUUGUAUACAGAUGAACUGAUCGGAGACAAGUGAAACCGUCUGCACUCUGCAAUGAAUGAAAAUGCCCACCCUUCUAAAAACAAUCUUCCCCACUAUUCAGACUAAAACAUAAAAUGUCAACACUAUUCAAUUCCAAACUUGAGCCAUUGAUUAGGUAUUGAAGUUGCAUUAUUGAAGUAGGAUGUGUGUUUGUUUUUGAGGCAAGUUCAGCCAAUGAUGGGGACUAAAGGCCCUUGUCAUUACAGAUAAAUCUAUUGUCUAUGUUUUCAACAAUCCACUGUUUGUGUUUGAUGUGUCCCCCAGUGUCUCAGCUCAGAUCAUGUGAUAUUGUUUGCUCAUCCUAUUUUAUAUGGUCCACUACUGUGUAUAAAUCCUGAGUUACUGUGUAAUAAUCUUUACUUUUUAAUGUGUAUGAAUGAAUCUUAUAUGAAUUUCAUAUGAGUCAUCCACAUACACCUCAUGCCUAUGUUAAAAAAAGCCCGGAGCACGGACGUUUGGGACAGCGAGGUGCGCUGCUGAGGCCUCGGACCUGACUGUCUGACUGACUCUGACCGGCUCCCUCCUCUGUGACCAUCUAUGCCUGAAGUUCCUCCGCUCUCAAUGCCAUCAUAACUGCUUCUAUCCUUGAUCCACCAUUCAUCCUUCCAGUCCCUAUCUUCCUUACUGUGUUACAAUGUUAUUGUUUUGUAUAUGUUGUAGUUUGUGAUGUGCUUUUGUAUACACAAUUAAACCUUUAGCUGCCAUGGAUGUAAAACACAACAAACUACACAUUUUUGUAUUUAUUCAUAAUUGUGCCCCUUUUAGUUUUUAAACCCUUUGUGAGACCUUACUUUAUAGAGGCCCAAGUUUUUAUAGAAUUGAAUAAGAUGAAUCCUAACCCUGUUAAUGAUCCAUAUGUGUGUGCAGAUUGUCCUUACUGAAAUGUACUCAGAUGGCUUUCACCGCUCCUUCUGUGACAAUGAUGACGACCUUGAGAUCAUUCAAGAGAGUGACUCCAUAUUUGCCUUUGAAACACCUGAGCUCUUUAGACCAGAGCAGAUCCGCUCUCAGCGAGGUAUGACUUCAGGUUUGGUUCCCCGUAAAUCAGUUUAGCUCUGGGUCGUAUUAGGGACGUAUUAGCUCUAGGUCGUAUGAAGAGUGUAGAUUAGAUUACAAAUAGAUUAACAUAGGAUUUCAUUGGAAAUCAUGUUUAAUCCGGAUUUUAUUACCUACAUUACAUGACCAAAAGUAUGUGGACACCUGCUCGUCGAAAAUCUCAUUCCAAAAUCAUGGGCAUUAAUAUGAAGUUGGUCCCCCUUUUGCUGCUAUAACAGCCUCUACUCUUCUGGGGAGGCUUUCCACCAGAUGUUGGAACAGUGCUGUGGGGGCUUGCUUCCAUUCAGCCACAAGAGCCUUAGUGAGGUUGGGCACUGAUGUUGGGCGAUUAGGCCAGGCUCGCAGUCGGCGUUCCAAUUCAUCCCAAAGGUGUUUAAUGGGGUUGAGGUCAGGGCUCUGUGCAGGCCAGUCAAGUUCUUCCCCACCGAUCUUGACAAACCAUUUCAGUAUGGACCUCGCUUUGUGCAUGGGGGCAUUGUCAUGCUGAAACAGGAAAGGGCCUUCCCCAAACUGUUGCCACAAAUUUGGAAGCACAGAAUCGUCUAGAAUGUCAUUGUAUGCUGUAGCGUUAAGAUUUCCCUUCACCAAACUUUACAGUUGGCACUAUGCAUUCGGGCAGGUAGCGUUCUCCUGGCAUUUGCCAAACCCAGAUUCGUCUGUCGGACUGCCAGAUGGUGAAGCGUGAUUCAUCAAUCCAGAGAACGCAUUUCCACUGCUCCAGAGUCCAAUGGCGGAAAGCUUUACACCACUCCAGCUUACGCUUGUGUGCGGCUGCUUGGCCAUGGAAACCCAUUUCAUGAAGCUCCCAACUAACCGUUCUUGUGCUGACAUUGCUUCCAGUGGCAGUUUGGAAUUCGGUAGUGAGUGUUGCAACCGAGGACAGACGAUUUUUACGCACUACGCGUUUCAGCACUCGGCGGUCCCGUUCUGUGAGCUUGGGUGGCCUACCACUUCGCGGGUGAGCCGUUGUUGUGGUCCUCUGUAGCUCAGCUGGUAGAGCACGGCGCUUGUAACGCCAAGGUAGUGGGUUCGAUCCCCGGGACCACCCAUACACAAAAAAAAAUAAAAAAUGUAUGCACGCAUGACUGUAAGUCACUUUGGAUAAAAGCGUCUGCUAAAUGGCAUAUUAUUAUUAUUAUUAUUAUUAUUAUUAUUAUUAUUAUUGUUGCUCCUAGACGUUUCCACUUCACAAUAACGGCACUUACAGUUGACCGGGGCAGCUCUAGCAGGGCAGAAACUUGAAGAACUGACUUCUUGGAAAGGUGGCAUCCUAUGACGGUGACACGUUGAAAGUCACUGAGCUCUUCAGUAAGGCCAUUCUACUGCCAAUGUUUGUCUAUGGAGAUUGCAUGGCUGUGUUCUCGAUUUUAUACACCAGUCAGCAAUGGCUGUGGCUGAAAAAGCCAAAAUACUCAUUUGAAGGGGUGUCCACAUACUUUUGUAAAUAUGGUGUAUGUUCUCCCUCACUGAUACGUAUGCAGUAUCUUUUGGAAAAUGUUCUAUGAGCUCAAUAAGAAGUGGGUAUAUGGAUAUGCGUCCGUAUUCCAGAAUCUGACAUAUUGUGAUGGUUAACAGCCUUAUUCAACAAAUUUGCAUCUUUCACUGACCUGAAGCAGGCUUUGAUCUUUGACGUCAUUAAACCUUACGAUAAUGUGACUGUAACCCAGGUUUAAGUAUGUUCGAUAUAGAACUCAAAGUUUGUUCAUAUAGUGCUGUAUAUACAUGUUAUAUACUGUAAUGUGUUUCAGGAAGUCCCCAUGCUAAUCUGAACCAGAACAACUUAAAGUAUGGGACAGACAACAGGACACAGGUAUCAACAAAAAUAGAAGAGUCAGUGACUCCCCCUCCGAGCCCCAAUAAGAACAGCGGGGCUGACAAGAUCAUUCUGCUUGUGUGUAACAGAGCCUGCGCUGGACAGCAGGGACGCAGGUACACAAAACAACUCAAGAUUUCAAAAUUCAACAUUCAAAAUGGCACCAGGAAGAGAAGAUCUCAGGAACCUGUUCAUACAAUGUAGAUGAAAACUAAUUUGAUAUACAGUGAGGGAACAAAGUAUUUGAUUCCCUGCUGAUUUUGUACGUUUGCCCACUGACAAAGAAAUUAUCAGUCUAUCAUUUUAAUGGUAGGUUUAUUUGAACAGUGAGACAGAAUAACAACAAAAAAAUCCAGAAAAACGCAUGUCAAAAAUUGUAUAAAUUGAUUUGCAUUUUAAUGAGGGAAAUAAGUAUUUGACCCCUCUGCAAAACAUGACUUAGUACUUGGUGGCAAAACCCUUGUUGGCAAUCACAGAGGUCAGACGUUUCUUGUAGUUGGCCACCAGGUUUGCACACAUCUCCAGAGGGAUUUUGUUCCACUCUUUGCAGAUCUUCUCCAAGUCAUUAAGGUUUCGAGGCUGACGUUUGGCAACUCAAACCUUUAGCUCCCUCCACAGAUUUUCUAUGGGAUUAAGGUCUGGAGACUGGCUAGGCCACUCCAGGACCUUAAUGUGCUUCUUCUUGAGCCACUCCUUUGUUGCCUUGGCCGUGUGUUUUGGGUCAUCGUCAUGCUGGAAUACCCAUCCCCGACCCAUUUUCAAUGCCCUGGCUGAGGGAAGGAGGUUCUCACCCAAGAUUUGACGGUACAUGGCCCCGUCCAUCGUCCCUUUGAUGCGGUGAAGUUGUCCUGUCUCCUUAGCAGAAAAACACCCCCAAAGCAUAAUGUUUCCACCUCCAUGUUUGACUGUGGGGAUGGUGUUCUUGGGGUCAUAGGCAGAAAUUCCUUCUCCUCCAAACACGGCGAGUUGAGUUGAUGCCAAAGAGCUCGAUUUUGGUCUCAUCUGACCACAACACUUUCACUCAGUUCUCCUCUGAAUCAUUCAGAUGUUCAUUGGCAAACUUCAGACGGGCCUGUAUAUGUGCUUUCUUGAGCAGGGGGACCUUGCGGGCGCUGCAGGAUUUCAGUCCUUCACGGCGUAGUGUGUUACCAAUUGUUUUCUUGGUAACUAUGGUCCCAGUUGCCUUGAGAUCAUUGACAAGAUCCUCCCGUGUAGUUUUGGGCUGAUUCCUCACCGUUCUCAUGAUCAUUGCAACUCCACGAGGUGAGAUCUUGCAUGGAGUCCCAGGUGGAGGGAGAUUGACAGUUAUUUUGUGUUUCUUCCAUUUGCGAAUAAUCGCACCAACUGUUGUCACCUUUUCACCAAUCUGCUUGGCGAGGGUCUUGUAGCCCAUUCCAGCCUUGUGUUGGUCUACAAUCUUGUCCCUGACAUCCUUGGAGAGCUCUUUGGUCUUGGCCAUGGUGGAGAGUUUGGAAUCUGAUUGAUUGAUUGCUUCUGUGGACAGGUGUCUUUUAUACAGGUAACAAGCUGAGAUUAGGAGCACUCCCUUUAAGAGUGUGCUCCUAAUGUCAGCUCGUUACCUGUAUAAAAGACACCUGGGAGCCAGAAAUCUUUCUGAUUGAGAGGGGGUCAAAUACUUAUUUCCCUCAUUAAAAUGCAAAUCAAUUUAUAACAUUUUUUACAUGCGUUUUUCUGGAUUUUUUUGUUGUUAUUCUGUCUCUCACUGUACAAAUAAACCUACCAUUAAAAUUAUAGACUGAUAAUUUCUUUGUCAGUGGGCAAACGUACAAAAUCAGCAGGGGAUCAAAUACUUUUUUCCCUCACUGUAGUUAUGUUAGAUGUGGAAAACCUUGUUCUUUACCUUGACUAUGACGAUUCCAGGUUUGGUCAUCCCUUUGUGCUGUAUCUGGAAAGGACGGUCACCUGGGACGUUCUGCAGAAGGAGAUCCUGGAGAAGAUGCGCCACCUUAUGCGUCCUGGGGUCUUUGUCCAGGUAGGUGCAGGCUAUCCACACAGACACUCAUUCAACUCACACACAGACAUAACACAACACACACAACACACACACAUGUAAAGGUGUAACUAAACUUAUUGCCGUCCUUCAGGUUGGGCCCUUCAGUUUGCGUGUAGUGGGGGUGGUUGGAAUAAUGUAUCUCUUACCUCAAGAGGAGCAACCACUGUGCCACCCUUCUGUGGAGAGGUAAUGUCACCCAAUGCCACCAGAGGGAGCAUGUCUCUCACAGAUAGAGGACUAUUAGCAAAUGUUACCGUAUGCCACCAGAGGGAGCAUGUCUCUCACAGAUAGAGGACUAUUAGAAAAUGUUACCGUUAGCCUUGUGGUCAAACCUUCAAUUUUUCAGUGUGUUUAGCCUUUUGUUCAACCCUUCCAUGGUUUUUGGCAUGUCUUAAACCGUCUGGGUUGUUGUUCAAUACGUAGCAUGCCCUGUUUUCCACAUUGAGCUGUCAUAGGGCUCAAAGAUAAUGUUGCUUUGACUUCCUAUUGAUCCAAUGUUUGUCUGCAGAGCGUACAAAUCUUGCGGUCCGGGAGGCCCCCCACAUGUCAAGAUUGUGGUUGAGUGGGACAAAGAGACAAAAGACUAGUAAGUGUAAUGGGGCAAAACUAGCGGUUGGAACAAAAAUAAUUUUCCAAUCGUUUCGUUCUGAAUAGAACCCCCCCAAAAAUAUGUUCCAUUCAACUGUUCCGACCAGCAAAAUAAAGUUCUGAAGUACAUGUUGAUAUCGUUCCUUUCUGUUCCUUUUUUAACCUGUGAAAUCAACAUUAAAAAAAAAACAUUGAGCUCAAUAAAUUACUUCACCAGUCAGUGCGAAUAGAGCUGUUUGCUAUAGAGUGGGCAAGCUAGUUGUUAACAUGCAUGAUGGACAGACAAGUGUAGCUAGGGUGUGAGAUGUGACAGAAAUGUUGCGGGUGGUGAGAGAGGGUGGAGGAGGAGGCUUGGCUUGAAGCGCUGUGCAUCUUGUUAUGACAUGCAUUAUCUGAAUUAGGCCCACAGAAUUAUACGCUACAUACGGAGGAAUGACUUCUAUGGAGGAACUUUGAAUGUUUGUGCAGAGCUGCACCAGAAUUAAAAAUACUUCUUACCAGGGCCGAGUGGCGCAGCGGUCUAAGGCACUGCAUCGCAGUGCUAGAGGUGUCACUACUGACCCGGGUUCGAUCCCGGCCUGUAUCACAAGCGGCCGUGAUCUGGAGUCCCAUAGGGCAGUGCACAAUUGGCCCAGCGUCGUCCACUCUUUGUGGCGGGUCGGGCGCCUGCAGGCUGACCUCGGUCGUCAGGUGAACGGUGUUUCCUCCAACACAUUGGUGCGGCUGGCUUCCUGGUUAAGCGGGCGGGUGUUAAGAAGCGCGGUUUGGCUAGUCUUGUUUCGGAGGACGCAUGACUCGACCUUCGCCUCUCGAGCCCGUUGGGGAGAUGCAGCGAUCAAAAAUGGGGUAAAAUACUUCUUACCUUUUUGUAGUUAAUAAAUCCAAUGUGAAAUAUGAUAAUUAGUAUCUUUAACUAGCAUUGGAAAAGUUGAUCCAUUCCUCUCUAAUAAAAAAUCUCUCUCCCCAUCUUCUGAAUCACGCUUAUAACGUCAGUAUUCUACUGUAGCCUAUGCUUCGGAGGGGGGAGGGGCAGGUAGCCUACACGUACACACACUGGCAAAGAUCUUCAGCUGGCUGGCAGACACUGGAAGAAGCUUCUGAGUGACAGAGUGAGGGCAUUGCAUAGGCACUUGGUUGCAGUUUUUGUAGGAUGUUAGUAACCGGUUCCCAUGAUUUUAAAAUAACAAUUCUGUUCCGGAACAUUAUAGAUCAAUUUCGUUCCAGGUUCUGUUUCUGUUCCUCAAAAAAUUUCUUUAUUUUCCGGUUUUCAGUUCUGUUCCCUGAACCGGUUCCAACCCCUGGGCAAAACCCACUAUGCUGAGAGGGAAAGACACUCACCUCUGUCAUCUUGAUAGAGUGCACACAUUCAGCAAUGACUAGCAGACGUUCAUACUUUAAGAAAAAAUAUUUUGCUGUUUGAAGAGAAUGUGAAUUCAAAGCAAUUGUUGUGACUGAGGUCUCAGAAGUUUUCCUUGUUUCUGUUUGUCAGCACAAUUUAAUAUGACUUUCAUGGUUUCCUUUGGAGCUUGUUGUGUGACCUCUAUGUUGACCUGUGCUGUUUAUUUGUUGUGUCUGACUACAGUCUGUUCAAGCGCACUGAGGAUGAGUACAUCCCAGAUGCUGAGAGUGUACGCCAACAGAAAGACGGACACCUGCAGCCUCAGACAUGCUCCCUCGCCCAGUGCUUUCAGCUCUACACCAGAGAGGAACAGGUACAUAAGUGUGCGUGUGUGUGUGUGUGUGUGCAUGCACAUUCAUUUAUGUUUGUGUGUUUGAGAGCUCUGCUCUGUGUGUUUCAGCUAGCUCCAGAUGAUGCCUGGCGCUGCCCGCAUUGCAAGCAGCUACAGCAGGGCAGCAUCAAGCUGAGCCUCUGGACCCUGCCUGACAUCCUCAUACUCCACCUCAAACGCUUCAGACAGGUACAGACCACUGCACUAUACAUCAUCAUUCAUACAACUACAUAGCUGACAGAUCAAAAUGUACUAGGGGGGAGGGGUGGUCCAAAAUAGGGGGGGGGGGGUUGUCCAACUUUUUUUUUGCUUUGUGGGAGGGUUGUGUGUUUUUUGGGGGGGCGCAGGGGAGGGUAGUGUGUUUUUUCCCUGGUUUACAUUUGCUCUUCUGCUCGUAUUUUCCCUAUAAACAAUGCCUUGACUUACUUUUGAUAUUACCAUAAUAAAUAGGGGUGUAACGAUUCGUUUUAACAACGAUUCGAUUUGUAUCACGAUUCGUGGUUGUCGAUACGAUUCAAGGACGAUAUUGGUUCAUUUAGAACGAUACGAUCCGAAACGAUUCAGUGACUUGAAAUCGAUUCAGUAACCUUUUAGCCAAAAAUUCAACCAGUGUGACUGAAAUAAAUACCUGGAUACUGGACAGUGCAGGUGAAGUUUCCUAGAUUCCUGUUUCUUGUAAGGACCGCAAUGGUGGCUUGAUAAUUUCUCGCUCGUCGGCUUCUCCUCUGUCGUCCGCCAUGCUAUGUUUUGUUGUCUUUGCGCCUUUGCGCUGCUGCUGGCGCGGGGCGAUGACGUCACGGAUAGGCAGACUGAAUCGAGUAAUGUUUAAAGCCUUUAUCAUUAAAAGUGCUAAGAAAAAACAUCCAUAUAAAGUCUGACGUGCUUAAAUCCAAUGGGUUAUUUCCUAGUAUCGAUACAAUCGAUUUAUUACAUUUUAAAACGAUGUUAGAUUGAUAUAUGUUGUCCAAAAGGCCAACUCGCCGAGCACAGAUCGAUGUAGUUGGAUCAUAGGAAUAUAAAUCGAUACAUCGAUGUAGUAGAUGGAUCGUUACACCCCUAAUAAUAAAGUUUAGAAAUGUUUGUGAAGGUUUGGUAUGGUGUGACUGUUAUUAAGCUUUAGCUACUGCAGGCCUAUGAUAUGCAGGCAGUGUGCCCCUGCACUCCAACUGACUCCGACAGUUGAACUUGAGGUGAGGAAGACUGUUUCAGGCCUACCAGAGUUACUCCUAUAAUCUAACAAUAUAAUGCUUAUCUUUAUAUAAAAUAUUAGCGUUGAAAAUUAACGAAUUACCCUCCUUCUGUACGUCUAUUUAAGUGAUAAUGCCCGAGAACCCGGUGUUUGGAGGAUAUAUUGGCAUGGGUGUUGCCAAACCGUGCCAAUAUAUCUUCCAAAAACCGGCUUCAAGGGCAUUAUCACUUUUAUACGGGUUACCAACAUAUUCAAAUAAUGAUUUACAUAUUUUCAUUAAAAACAUUAUUUUUUAUUAAUUUAUUCAUACUAUUUCAUCCUUCCACAAAAUAUAGUCCCGGCACAAAUCAAGGGUUGCUACCCAAGCCGACUGGUCGUUCGUUCUAUUGGUUCGGUUGCCAGAGACGUGACCCAGUCGUUCAGUCUUUUUGUUCUGUAUCUAUGGACUCGACCCAGUCGUUCGUUCUAAAUGUUCCAUUGCCAUACUGGCUGGCAACGUUCUUAUCCCUUGCCUUCUAGCUAACUUAGUCAUGUCAAACAGUGCUUCUAGAAUAAUAGCAAAGUAGCUGCGUUUGCAUUUAUUUAAGCUGUUUUCUAGUGACAUUUAUUUGGAUACACCAUAACAAUGAGCUAAUGAUGCGCGAUUUCGCCUGGCAUAGAAAAUGUGCUCUCUCGUCACUUGUUCAGAGGAGCUAGCCAACAACACAGCUAACCCAAUCACUUCAAACUGAAGCUGGAAAGACGGCAAAUUAGCUGCACUUCGUUUAGUUUUACCUGUUUUCUAUUGAUACUUCUUUGUAUAUAUCCAUACAAAUGAUGCUUAUUCAUGAUUUCGACUGGCUGAAAAAAGCUGCCUGCCUGUCUGUCUCAUCCCGACUCCCGACACGUUCAUUACUAUGGGACAUCUGGAGAUCGAAUUUGAAUAUUGAAACAAUGUUGCAAAUGUCGGAGAUGCAGAGAUCAAGGUUUAUACAAAUCUCUCUUUAUACAAAUCUCUGCUGUUGUAAACUAAAUGUUAGUCUAAAAGAAAUGUGAGAUAAUGUCUAGAUACUUUUUAUAGUGGAGAUCAAGUUUAUAAAGUGCCUGGCUGGGCUGAUGAGACAGUGGAUUGCGCAGGCAGAUGGAACAGAGUAAUGCAUGUUGGUGUCGUAGCAUGCCAUCGUCAUAUCUCUAUCUCUCUGGGGUUAGGCCUAAGCUUCUCUUUCUUUAUGUACAGUACCAGUCAAAAGUUUGGACACGCCUACUAGGGUUUUUCUUUAUUUUUACUAUUUUCUACAUUGUAGAAUAAUAGUGAAGACAUCAAAACUAUGAAAUAACACAUAUGGAAUCAUGUUGUAACCAAAAAAGUGUUAAACAAAUCAAAAUAUAUUUUAUAUUUGAGAUUCUUCAAAGUAGCCACCCUUUGCCUUGAUGACAGCUUUGCACACUCUUGGCAUUCUCUCAACCAGCUUCACCUGGAAUGCUUUUCUAACAGUCUUGAAGGAGUUCCCACAUAUGCUGAGCACUUGUUGGCUGCUUUUCCUUCACUCUGUGGUCCAACUCAUCCCAAACCAUCUCAAUUCGGUUGAGGUCGGGUGAUUGUGGAGGCCAGGUCAUCUGAUGCAGCACUCCAUCACUCUCCUUCUUGGUCAAAUAGCCCUUACACAGCCUGGAGGUGUGUUGUUGCAUUGUCCUGUUGAAAAACAAACGAUAGUCCCAUUAACCGCAAACCAGAUGGGAUGGCGUAUCGCUGCAGAAUGCUGUGGUAGCCAUGCUGGUUAAGUGUGCCUUGAAUUCUAAAUAAAUCACAGUCAGUGUCACCAGCAAAGCACCAUCACACCUCCUCCUCCAUGCUUCACGGUGGGAACCACACAUGCGGAGAUCAUCCGUUCACCCACUCUGCAUCUCACAAAGACACGGUGGUUAGAACCGUGUCUUUGUCAUCAGACAGAUUUCCACCGGUCUAAUGUCCAUUGCUCGUGUAUCUUGGCCCAAGCAAGUCUCUUCUUCUUAUUGGUGUCCUUUAGUAGUGGUUUCUUCGCAGCAAUUCGACCAUGAAGGCCUGAUUCAUGCAGUCUCCUCUGAACAGUUGAUGUUGAGAUGUGUCUGUUACUUGAACUUUGUGAAGCAUUUAUUUGGGCUGCAAUUUCUGGGGCUGCUAACUCUAAUUAACUUAUCCUCAGCAGCAGAGGUAACUCUGGGUCUUCCUUUCCUGUGGCGGUCCUCAUGAGAGCCAGUUUCAUCAUUGCACUUGAUGGUUUUUGCAACUGCACUUGAAGAAACUUUCAAAGUUCUUGAAAUUGUCCAGAUUGACUGACCUUCAUGUCUUAAAGUAAUGAUGGACUGUCGUUUCUCUUUGCUUACUUGAGCAGUUCUUGCCAUAAUAUGGACUUGGUCUUUUACCAAAUUGGGCUAUCUUCUGUAUACCAUCCUUACCUUGUCAUAACACAACUGAUUGGCUCAAACGCAUUAAGAAGGAAAGACAUUCCACAAAUUAACGCAAAAUGCAUUCCAGGUGACUACCUCAUGAAGCUGGUUGAGAGAAUGCCAAGAGUGUGCAAAGCUGUCAUCAAGGCAAAGGUUGGCUACUUUGAAGAAUCUCAAAUAUAACAUACAUUUUGAUUUGUUUAACACUUUUUUGGUUACUACAUGAUUCCAUGUGUGUUAUUUCAUAGUUUUUGAUGUCUUCACUAUUAUUCUACAAUGUAGAAAAUGGUAAAAAAUAUAAGAAAAACUCUUGAAUGAAUAGGUGUGUCCAAACUUUUGACUGGUACAGUAUGUUAUUUUUUUUACUGACAAAUAAAAUCAGUCAAUCAAUCAAUCCAAACUGUGCAGCAGCCAAUUGAUGAAUGGAAAGAGAUAUCUGUUACAAUUUUUUUUGUAAUGACAUUUGGAGAUUGUCAAGCCAGGCCUUCGAUACUGGAUAAGCCUACAAGGUAGGGAGGGAUGGAUUUUCUGUUUGUCGAAAUUGACAUAGUCUAUUUAUUGUGGUGUUGAAAACGCAAACUAUGAUAUUGAAGUGCCCAAAGUCGGUAUGCUUUUUUUAUUGGUUGUAUGGUGCAUUGACACAGAAACCUCUUGGAGGAAAAUUCGUUCCAUAUAUUUUACAUAUAUGGCAUCAAAAUGUAUAAAAUCAGAUAUCCCCCUAGCUGAUUAUUGUCUGCAGCCGGCUCUGAUCGUAGUGUAAUGAAACAGGCAGGGAGAGUGAGCUCGUCUGUGGUGGUCAGUGAACCCUCAACCUUCUGGCCCAUAGCCCUGCGUGGUGUCGACUGUGCCAUAGCCCUGCGUGGUGUCGACUGUGCCACAAAAGCAAAGUGGCAAAGUCAAUAUCCACGUUUAUAAACACAGGGUUGCUACAGCUAUUGUUAUUUGUGGUCGUAAACAUUAUUUUGAGUUAAUUAUAUGAGGGUGGAGGGUGUUCAAUGUAUUUUACAGUACAAGGGGAGGGUCAUGUGUAAAUAUUUGUAACUUUGGGGAGGGGGGUGCAUUUCUUCUUAUGACACCUUGAGUUGGACAAGCUCCUCCCCCCUAGUACAUUUCAUUCUGCCCUAAUCAAAGUGUACAGUAUAAGCACAGUUAGCACAGGAAUCAAGUAAAAAUAGUUUUUAAUUCAAAGUGCACGUGUAUAGAUCCUAUUACUAGUGUAUGUCAACACUAAUAUUAUGUUCAUUCUUACAAGCUCAGUCAGCAUUGUAAACUCAACCAAUCUGCAUUAGUAUAGUUAGCAUUCCACACUCAACCAACAUAAUCCAAUUUGUUGCUCUUGUGCGUGUGUGUAUGGUGUCCUCUCAGGACGGAGACAAGAGGAUGAAGAUGCAGAACAUGGUGAAGUUCCCUGUGAUCGGGAUGGACAUGGCGCCCCAUAUGGUCAAGCGGAGCCAGAGCAGCUGGAGCCUGCCCUCGCACUGGUCGCCAUGGAGACGACCUUACGGGAUGGGCCACGACCCAGAGGACUACCUGUAUGACCUGUAUGCUGUGUGUAACCACCAUGGGACAAUGGCAGGAGGUCAUUACACAGGUUAGUUAACGACACACACUCUAAUAUGUUCCGGCAGCAGAGGGAUAGCAGUUGACAGGUUUGCUGACUCAAAUCCCAAUGGGGAGCCAGCAGCAUACCACCCUGCAUCCCACUACUGGCUUGCCUCUGAAGCUAAGCAGGGUUGGUCCUGGUUGGUCCCUGGAUGGGAGAUCAGAUGCUGCUGGCAGUGGUGUUGGACGGCCAGUAGGAGGUACUCUUUUCUCUGGUCCCCCCCAAAAUAAUGAUAUCCUAAUGCCCCAGGGCAGUGAUUGGGGACAUUGCCCUGUGUAGGGUGCUGUCUUUUGGAUGGGAGGUUAAAUGGGUGUCCAGACUCUCUGUGGUCACUAAAGAUCCCAUUGCACUUAUUGUAAGAGUAGCGGUGUUAACCCUGGUGUUCUGACUAAGUUCCAUCAUACCAUCAUGGCCACCUAAUCAUCCCCAGCUUCCAAUUGGCUCAUUCAUUUCCUUUCCCCUGUAACUAUUCCCAAGGUCUUUGCUGUAAAUGAGAAUGUGUUCUCAGUCAACUCACCUUGUAAAAUAAAAUAAUUGUGAUGGGGAAAGAAAUCGAAACAGUUACAUAUCGCAAUAUAAUUUUGGACGAUGUUAAAUCGAUAUUUGACUCCAAGUAUCGAUUUGUAAUCAUAUCCUAUAGCUUGUUCUACAUUUUCUUUUUAAAUAGUGAGCCAACAUGUUUUCAGCACUUUUAUUUCCCUGACUGAUCAAAACUCAUUUUCUCAUGCGCUCUCGUUUCUCUCUGCAGUAGACCUAUAGUGAGCAAUAUGUUUGGAACAUCAAAUUACAAUAAAAUCGCAGUAUUGAAUUGCAAUGCAUUUAGAAUUGUGAGAAUCACAAUACAUAUCGUAUCGGCACCUAAGUAUCGUGAUAAUAUCGUAUUGUGUGGUCCAUGUCAAUUCCCAGCCCUAGUUACAAUGCUGUUGUGCCCUUGAGAAAGCCACUUACUCCAUGUAUUGCUAAAUAUACAGUCCACCAUACUUUAAAAAAUGGAAGCAAUGUGUAUGCUUUUUCCAUUUUAAAAAACGCUGUAGGGAGGUGAUUGGAAUCCAUAUACCUGCUCUUUAUAGAAACUAAAAUAAUUCAAAUCCACUGAAUUAUCUAGGUAACAUGAUCAUUGACUCUUUAUCCCAUCCUUAUUGUGUCCUCUUUUGCAGCUCACUGUAAGAACUCCAUCGAUGGCAUGUGGUACUGCUUUGACGACAGUGAUGUCCAAGCCAUAUCUGACGAUGAAGUCUGCAAGCAGAACGCCUACAUACUGUUUUAUCAAAGACGGGCCACCAUCCCAUCAUGGUCUGCUAACAGCUCCGUUGCAGGUAAGAAUAUGCAUUUGUUAAAAACCAAUUUCAUUCACAAUUCUAUGGAUUGCAAAUGUUUUACAAACAACAAGAUGCAACAAUGUCAUAGAUAGAUAGGACAAGGCUCCAUACUAACUUUUCCCCUGGUGGCACCAGCCCAUGAUAUGGUCGCACCCUCAAAAAAUUACGCCGUCAUGCAAUAGAAAACAUUUGUAAGCAUCUUAUAUGUGACCGACCGCCUCGAUUCGGUCUAAUGUUGCAAACUUUGAAAUUGUGUUUUUUACAUUGGACAAAAGUAGAGACUCAGAGCUAGAAAAUUGUAUAUCAUACACUGCAGUUGAGGAACAAUGGGAAAGUAAAUUCUGCUUUGAAAGUUUAUAAACUUGUAACCCCACUUUUGAGAAAAUGGCCCUUGAAUGUUUUGGUACACCUACUGGAGAGCUCUUCUUCUUCAAAGAGGUUUAACGGCGGUUGGCAUCCAAUUUGUUGCAUUACCGCCACCUACUAGACUGGAGUACAACUCCCUUAUAUUUUGCUUGAAAAAUAAAAUAAAAUAAAGAAAUACCCUACCAUCUAACACUACACUCACAAAUUCAAAAUUACUAUUAAUAAUUAACACCACCCUUCUCCACUAUUGAAAUAUAUUAAUUCCUACCUCAUGCCCUGAACCUGAAAUGAUGGGACAUCACCACUUAACACUCCCUGUAACUCUUCUGAUGUCAAGUCUCACACACCCAAAUACCUCUCUACAGCUGCCACCACAACCUCAAUUUUCUUCGACUUACGUUCCAUCCCUGCAGUACAAUUAAUAACCAUUGCUAUAAACGCUAAAAAUCCAAUCUUACUGAAACAUAUAUCACUUGUUGGCCUAUCCCUCUGUACUGGUACAAAUCUACUACUCUCACCACUCCUCCCCCUUGACCCCUCUUCCUCUACUUUCUUCACUGCCUCAGCAUAUGACAACUUCUUCACUACUCUUACCCUGGAAACCUCAACCUGCUUCUCUCGCACAGGACAUUUCUGAUCCCCAGCCCCUACAAUUAGCACAUACCACUACUUACCCCAAUGCUACACAUUCCUUUAUUUCAUGCCCUUCUGCACACUUCUCACACCUUGGAACCUCCCUCCUACAUACUGCUGCCACAUGCCCAUAAGACACCUGUAACAUCGUAAUGUAUUCCGCACAUAAGCUCAUACAGGAUAACUAAUACAGUUGAAGUCGGAAGUUAACAUACACCUUAGCCAAAUACAAUUAAACUCAGUUUUUCACAAUUCCUGACAUUUAAUCCUGAUAAAAAUUCCCUGCCAUAGGUCAGUUAGGAUCACCACUUUAUUUUAAGAAUGUGAAAUGUUAGAAUAAUAGUAGAGGGAAUUAUUUAUUUCAGCUUUAUUUAUUUCAUCACAUUCCCAGUGGGUCAGACGUUUACAUACACUCAAUUAGUAUUUGGUAGCAUUGCCUUUAAAUUAUUUAACUUGGGUCAAACAUUUUGGGUAGCCUUCCACAAGCUUCCCACAAUAAGUUGAGUGAAUUCUGACCCAUUCCUCCUGACAGAGCGGGUGUAAGUGAGUCAGGUUUGUAGACCUAUUUGCUCGCACACGCUUUUUCAGUUCUGCCCACACAUUUUCUAUAGGAUUGAGGUCAGGGCUUUGUGAUGGCCACUUCAAUACCUUGACUUUGUUGUCCUUAAGCCAUUUUGCCACAACUUUGGAAGUAUGCUUGGGGUCAUUGUCCAUUUAGAAGACCCAUUUAUGACCAAGCUUUAACUUCCUGACUGAUGUCUUGAGAUGUUGCUUCAAUAUAUCCACAUAAUUUUCCUUCCUCAUGAUGCCAUCUAUUUUGUGAAGUCCACCAGUCCCUCCUGCAGCAAAGCACCCCCACAGCAUGAUGCUGCCACCCCCGUGCUUCACUGUUGGGAUGGUGUUCUUUGGCUUGGAAGCCUUCCCCUUUUUCCUCCAAACAUAACGAUGGUCAUUAUGGCCAAACAGUUCUAUUUUUGUUUCAUCAGACCAGCGGACAUUUCUCCAAAAAGUACAUGUCCAGGCCCGUUUUUUAUUGCGGUUUUGGAUCAGUGGCUUCUUCCUUGCUGAGCGGCCUUUCAGGUUAUGUCGAUAUAGGACUCGUUUUACUGUGGAUAUAGAUACUUUUGUACCUGCUUCCUCCAGUAUCUUCACAAGGUCCUUUGCUGUUGUUCUGGGACUGAUUUGCACUUUUCACACCAAAGUACGUUCAUCUCUAGGAGACAGAACGCGUGUCCUUCCUGAGCGGUAUGAUGGCUGCGUGGUCCUAUGUUGUUUAUACUUGCGUACUAUUAUUUGUACAGAUGAACGUGGUACCUUCAGGCGUUUGGAAAUUGCUCCUAAGGAUGAACCAGAGGUUCAAAGACCUUGGUUACAACAAACUACCAAUGGAUCAUUCAUGUCCUUGUCUAGUUCCUUUCAUAACGCAGAAGUAAUUAAACGUUGGCUAGCUAGCACAAAGUCAGUCAUGCUAGCUACACAAGUGGACUACACAUCUCGAAUGUUCAGAAAGUGAAGUUUAUGUUGCAAAAUUCUCAUUGACUAAAAUGAUACAGUACUGCUAGCUGGUAAUGUUGGCUAGCUAGCAGUGGCUGCGGUGUUGACUGUUUGAAAAUGUAGCUGGCUAGCUAACCUCUAUAGUUUCUCUAUACUACACCUUUGUCUUUGAUACCAAGACAACUAUGUAGCUAGCUAACUUUACACUAAUCAAAUUGUUCCAUUGAAAUGUAUUUAGUUGCUACAGUACUGCUAGCUGGUAUAGUUGGCCAGCUAGCAGUGGCUGCGGUGUUACUACCCGCUAGCUAGCUAGCUUUAAUGGUCCAGGUAGUGGGUUAGCUAGCUAGCCUUGUGCUUCACCGGGCUCAGCUGAAUACACUAAAAUACUUACCUACAAUAAUUACCUACAAUAACUACCUGGGAAAACUACCUACAAUACCUAACUACAAUACCUACCUACAAUCUAAAUGCAUGGUUUAAGCUUUACUCGACACAUAUAAAGAAGAAGCCAAGCUUACCUCCCCGCUUAGAGGAACACAACCUCGCCCCAUACCUCCUGCGUCAAUCCAAUAGUUUUCAACCCAUACAGUCUAUGAGACCAGGCUGAUUUAGCAAACAUGAUAACACAACUUCCAACUGACACAAGCAUAAACCUUUUACAGAAAUGUUGCAGCAGCCUCCUAAACAAUAGACAUCUAAGAUCUGACCUGCCUUGAGCGCAGCCUGGUUUCAUAGACUAGACAUAACAUCGUACGCUUUAAUUUGCAAUAAAAACAACUUUCUGACAAAAUUAGAAACUUAUAUCUGAAAUUGUAGCUAGACUCUUACCCGUAUACAUGGAUGAACGCUUCACGGUAGACUGGAACCAUUUAACUCAGUUUUGUUUGUAGCUACAUCUUGUUUGGCAAGCGUUAUGUCAAGUCACUCCGGUUCACACUGACCAUGACAUGUGCAGAAAGUGGCCCAUCACUUUUUCCAACUGAUCUGUUGAUAGCGCCUGCUAAAUUCAGGGCAUCAAUGUUCUUGAGAAAAGUAGCAAAACUUUUGUAGUUCUCGAUGGAUAACGUUAUAUCUUUCAAAAACGGUGCUGUAGAAAGGACUAUCAACACAUACUGAACAGCUCACGUUAUAGACAGAAGUGUGCUACAUGGCAGACCAAUUCAAACUCAUGUCCCGGCAUGUCCAGCCCAUCCAUAAAUCACAGCCAAUCAUGGCUAGUGGGAAGGCUCCUUUCUUUUUCCGUGGCUAAACCAACUAGGCUCAUGGUAUACAAGUUUGUUAUUAAGGCACAUAAAGGUUCACAUGUUCCAGAAGGCAUUUCUGCCAAAAAAAUGCAUUUAGAUAAAAAAUAAAUGUUUAUGUUCAAAUGCUUCUCCUGUGAUGUAGUGAUGUGUGACAUAGGCCUAGUUUCCUGAAACAAGUCACAUAUGGUCAUUCACAGUGCUUUAUUAAGAAGUUGAAUAGACUAAUGAAAAACUUUAACUCGCACAGCCAAGUCAAAGUGUCGUAAAAUGAGACUAAAUGGUCGCAGCCUGGAGCCCUGUAGUAGAAUAUCUGUGUCUCAUUUGGUUUUUGCCUCACAUCCAAUCUCCCUGUAGAAGUCAUGUCCUCCCUGACUGACACACAUGAGCUAAAACCAUAGACAUAUACAUACAGGUAACUGCCAAAAUAAAGGAAACACUUGAGUAAAUGAGCGAUACAACGUUUAUUGAAAGUGGGUGUGGUUCCUGAGAUAAUUAAGUAAUGAAUACAUCCCAUCAUGCUUAGGGUCAUGUAUGCCCAUUAUUUUGGCUACCAUGGCUAGAAGAAGAGAUCUCAGUGACUUUGAAAGAGGGGACUCAAAGGAGCAUAGGGGGUUUAAAGUGUGUGUGUCUCAGUCACCAGAUCUCAACCCAUUUGAACACUUAUGGGAGAUUCUGGAGCGGCGCCUGAGACAGCGUUUUCCACCACCAUCAACAAAACACCAAAUGACCAAAUGAUGGAAUUUCUCAUGCAAGAAUGGUAUCGCAUCCCUCCAAUAAGGUUCCAGAAACUUGUAGAAUUGUCACGAUCGUCGGGAACAGAGGACCAAGGCGCAGCGUGGAAGGUGAACAUAUUUUUAUUAAUUAGAGUAAUCACAUGAACAAAACAACAAACGAUAACGUGACGUCCUCGGUUCUAACACAAACCUAAACAGGAACAAGAUCCCACAAACACUGUGGGAAAACUGGCUGCCUAAGUAUGGUUCCCAAUCAGAGACAACAAGCAACAGCUGAUACACGUUGCCUCUGAUUGAGAACCACACUGGCCAACAUAGAAAUACUAACCUAGAACGAAAAACAAAUGAAAACUCACACCCUGGCUCAACAUACUAGAGUCCCCAGAGCCAGGGCGUGACAGUACCCCCCCCACAAAGACGCGGACUCUGACCGCGCCAACCAAACACCACAGGGGAGAGACCGGGUGGGCACUCCGCCCUGGCGGCGGAUCCGGCUCCGGGCAUGAUCCCCACUCCCUCUCUAACCCCCCAAAGUACCCCUGGUCCGGUCUGGCCCUGCUGACCGGAGCUGGACUGCACACUGGUGGAGCGGAUUGCUCUAGCUCCGGCGUGAAGCAGCUGACCCGUGCCGAACCAGGCACCAGUGGAACAGGCACGGGCUGUGCCGAACUGACGACGCACACCACUGGCUUGGUGUGGGGAGCAGGGACGGGCCGAGCCGGGCUGACAAAACGCACCCCUGACUUGGUGCGGGGAGCAGGAGCGGGCCGGACCGGGCUGACGAAGCGCACCACUGACUUGGUGCGGGGAGCAGGAAUGGACCGAGCCGGGCUGACGAAGCGCACCACUGACUUGGUGCGGGGAGCAGGAACAGGCCGGGCCGAGCUGGCGACGCGCACCAUAGGCUUGGUGCGAGUGGCAGGAACAGGCCGGACCGUACUGGGAACACACACCACUGGCCCUACGCGGGGAUCAGGAACAGGCCGGACCGGACUGGCAACACACCCCAGUACCUCUCGCCGUGCCUCUACAUCCUCUUUCCCCCUGGUGACCAGUGACUCCCGUAACCUGGCGGCCUCCUACUGCCCCGUCGUCCACGGUGUGAGCCCCCCCCUAAAAAUGUUCUGGCCGUCUCUCCUACCCGUGGACCAGGUCUCCAUGUCUCUCGCCAGACUUUCGCCCUUCUGCUUCCAAGUCCAGCCUCUCUCUUCCUCACACGGCUUGACCCAGUCGAGGAGGAGAAGGAGAUCCGCUAGAGAUCUCCCUGGCGAUGGCCCCUGGACACGCUGCUUGGUCCAGUCUUGGUGGGAUCUUCUGUCACGAUCGUCGGGAACAGAGGACCAAGGUGCAGCGUGGAAGGUGAACAUAUUUUUAUUAAUUAGAGUAAUCACACGAACAAAACAACAAACGAUAACGUGACGUCCUCGGUUCUAACACAAACCUAAACAGGAAUAAGAUCCCACAAACACUGUGGGAAAACUGGCUGCCUAAGUAUGGUCCCCAAUCAGAGACAACAAGCAACAGCUGAUACACGUUGCCUCUGAUUGAGAACCACACUGGCCAACAUAGAAAUACUAACCUAGAACGAAAAACAAAUGAAAACUCACACCCUGGCUCAACAUACUAGAGUCCCCAGAGCCAGGGCGUGACAAGAAUCUAUGCCACAGCGCAUUCAAGAUGUUCUGGUGGCUCGUGGUGGCCCAACGCCUAAUAAGAAACUUUAUGUUGGUGUUUCCUUUAUUUUGGCAGUUACCUGUAUGUGCACAUAUGAUUUAUAUAGUGUAUAUUAGGACUGCAUGAUAUGUUCAAAAAAUAUAAUAGCUACGUUUUUUUAACCAAAUAUUGUGAUUGUGAUCUGACUUGCGAUAUAAGUCCAAAGGUCAAAAGACUGCUGAAAUCAUAGAAAUAGAAUGACUUAUAUUAAGAAAGCAAAGUGGAAAGCAGCAUUGUCCAUGUUUGGAACAAUCGGUUAGCUGCAUUUGUCCUAACAGAACCGCAUGCAAGCUUAAUAGCGAAUGUAACACCGACGAGGAGGAACAUACAGGGGGUAGGGCUUUGUGUGUGGGAAGUAGCAGCAAGAGGAGAGAGUAAGAGAUGGGAAACAGAAUAAACUAUAAAAAUGGACGUUACAUGCGGCUGAGUGGCGUUUCACAAUAUUGGAUACGAUAUGGAUCUCUUCCGAUAUGGUAUGUGAAUUUGAUUAAUUGUGCAGCCCUAGUGUAUACAUACAGAUAACAUAUACAGUGAGGGAAUAAAGUAUUUGAUCCCCUGCUGAUUUUGUACGUUUGCCCACUGACAAAGACAUGAUCAGUCUAUAAUUUUAAUGGUAGGUUUAUUUGAACAGUGAGAGACAGAAUAACAACAAAAAAAUCCUGAAAAACGCAUGUCAAAAAUGUUAUAAAUUGAUUUGCAUUUUAAUGAGGGAAAUAAGUAUUUGACCCCUCUGCAAAACAUGACUUAGUACUUGGUGGCAAAACUCUUGUUGGCAAUCACAGAGGGCAGACGUUUCUUGUAGUUGGCCACCAGGUUUGCACACAUCUCAGGAGGGAUUUUGUCCCACUCCUCUUUGCAGAUCUUCUCCAGGUCAUUAAGGUUUCGAGGCUGACGUUUGGCAACUCGAACCUUCAGCUCCCUCCACAGAUUUUCUAUGGGAUUAAGGUCUGGAGACUGGCUAGGCCACUGAUCAUUUCUUUGUCAGUGGGCAAACGUACAAAAUCAGCAGGGGAUCAAAUACUUUUUUCCAUCACUGUAUGUCCUUUGUUGGCUCCUCCCAGGUUCGACCAGCUCGUCUCUGUGUGAACACUGGAUCAGCAGGCUGAUGGGGAGUCGUCCUCCCAGCCAGGCCUCAUCCGGCUCCUCCAGACGCACCUCGCUGGCCUCCCUCUCCGAGUCAGCCGAGUUCGCUGGAGAACGCAGCGAAGAUGACGGUGAGAAACAGCCUCUCAUCCAUAUUUGUCAGGAUGUUGCAUUUCUGUGAUAUCAAAUCAAAUAUGUUUACACAACGACAGUACUUUGAACUAAAGUUGAUACAAAAUACAGUGCAUUAAGAAAGUAUUCAGACCCCUUGACUUUUUCCACAUUUUGUUACGUUACAGCCUUAUUCUAAAAUGGAUUGAAAAAAAACAAUCCUCAUCAAUCUACACACAAUACUAGCUGAAAUAGCAAAAUCCACUAAAUUAGAGAGGUGUAUAUAUAUUUUUGUAUAUAUAGUGCCUUCGGGAAGUAUUCAGACCCCUUGACUCUUUCCACAUUUUGUUACGUUACAGCCUUAUUCUAAAAUUGAUUAAAUACUUUUUUUCCCUCAUCAAUCUACACACAAUACCCCAUAAUGACGAAGCAAAAACAGGAUUUUAGAAAUGUUUGCUAAUUUAUAAAAAAUCUAAAAAUGGAAAUAUCACAUUUAUAUAAGUAUUCAGACCCUUUACUCUGUACUUUAUUGAAGCACCUUUGACAGCGAUUACAGCCUUGAGUCUUCUUGGGUAUUAUGCUACAAGCUUGGCACACCUGUAUUUAGGGAGUUUCUCCCAUUCUUCUCUGCAGAUCCUCUCAAGCUCUGUCAGGUUGGAUGGGGAGUGUCGCUGCACAGCUAUUUUCAGGUGUCUCCAGAGAUGUUUGAUCAGGUUUUAGUCCGGGCUCUGGCUGGGUCACUCAAGGACAUUCAGAGACUUGUCCUGAAGCUACUCCUGCGUUGUCUUGGCUGUGUGCUUAGGGUCGUUGUCCUGUUGGAAGGUGAACCGUCACCCCAGUCUGAGGUUAUGAGCGCUCUGGAGCAGGUUUUCAUCAAGGAUCUCUGUGCUUUGCACCGUUAAUCUUUCCCUUGAUCCUGACUAGUCUCCCAGUACCUUCCGCUGAAAUACAUCCCCACAGCAUGAUGCUGCCACCACCAUGCUUCACUGUAGGUGCCAGGUUUCCUCCAGACGUGACGCUUGGCAUUCAGGCCAAAGAGUUCAAUCAGACCAGAGAAUCAGCUGUCAUGUGCCUUUUACUGACGAGUGGGUUCUGUCUGGCCACUCUACCAUAAAGGCCUGAUUGGUGGAGUGCUGCAGAGAUGGUUGUUCUUCUGGAAGGUUCUCUAAUCUCCAUAGAGGAACUCUGGAGCUCUGUCAGAGUGACCAUCGGGUUCUUGGUCACCUCCCUGACCAAGGCUCUUCUCCCCCGAUUGCUCAGUUUGGGUGACGGCCAGCUCUAGGAAGAGUCUUGGUGGUUCCAAACUUUUUCCAAUGAAGAAUGAUGGAGGCAACUGUGUUCUUGGGGACCUUCAAUGCUGCCAAAAAAAUUUGGUACCCUUCCCCAGAUCUGUGCCUCGACACAAUCCUGUCUCUACGGACACUUCCUUUUGGCCUCAUGGCUUGGUUUUUGCUCUGACAUGCACUAUCAACUGUGGGACCUUAUAUAGACAGGUGUGUGCCUUUCAAAAUCAUGUCCAAUCAAUUUAAUUUACCACAUGUGGACUCCUAUCAAGUUGUAGAAACAUCUCAAGGAUGAUCAAUGGAAACAGGAAGCACCUGAGCUCAAUUUCGAGUCUCAUUUCAAAGGGUCUGAAUACUUACGUAAAUAAGGUAUUUCUGGUUUUUAUUUUUUAUACAUUUGCAAAAAAAUCAAAAAACCUGUUUUCAUUGUCAUUAUGGGGUACUGUGUGUAGAUUGAUGAAGAAAAACAUGAACUUAAUCAAUUUUAGAAUAAGGCUGUAACGUAACAAAAUGUGGAAAACGUCAAGGGGUCUGAAUACUUUCCGAAUGCACUGUAUAUCGACAUGAUGAUGGUGUAGGCCCUAUUUAUACAGUAACCUACUUUUAGUCAUUUUUAUAUAGCGGAACAAUCUGUAUAAUUCUUUAAUAUAAUUAUUUUAUAUCAGCCUUUACUAGCUUAAAACCCGUUGAUAAAGGAGGUGAUGAACAUGCAGGUUCUGAGUCGACUCAGUCUAGUACCAGCGCUUUAGUUGUAUCUCUCUGUCCUCUUCUGUUGAGGAGGCUUGUCCACCCGCCCGGCGGUGCGGAGCAUCCAGAGACAGACCUUCUCUUUGCGCUCCAACAUGGCCAGCCCUCUGGCCGUCAGUGAGAACAGCUCCAAGCCUUCCUGGUCCCUCUCUGCCAAGCUCCAUCUGCGUUCCAACUCACCCUUGCACUUCUCCAUGGAGUCUCACUCCUCCUCACCCACCCUGGAGAGGAUAGGCGAGGCGGCUGAUGACAAGGUCUCCACCUCCUGCUUCAGCGGCUCUACGAAACCAGAGGUAAAGGUCGGAGGUAAGACACCCCUGGUGGUGGUGGAGGGUAAUGCAGGGGCUAAAAGGCUCCUGGAGCAGGUGCUCUCCAAGCCUGUUCCCCAGGCUGAGCUGAGGAGCUCCAGCCCGGCAGUGGGUAACAAUGACGUGGCCACGAUAGUGGAGCCAGGCAACCCGGGUCAAGGAGCGGUCGCUAAGGAGCCCAAACAACGAGGAGUGGGGGGAGGGGAGGGCACUGGGGCCAGGAGAAGCUCGGCCAAGACGGUUGAGUCCGAGAAGAGCCCCAAGAAGCACCCAUCCACCCCCUCACCUACCCCAUCCCACACCUCCUCUGCGACCCACGCAUCGUCGCCUUCUCGAACCCAAGCGAAGGGCACGGCGGCCACAGCGUCCAACCCCAAAGAAAAAAGUGAGGGUGCAGUCACCAAAACCAGCAAGACCUCCUCCGCCAAAACAACCACCCACUCCAAAAAGGAGCCCUUGCAGACCCCAGAGACAUUGCACCCUGAAAGCGCAAAGCAAAUAAAGGGCGGCACCCCCGGGUCACAGAUUUGCUCGACACACCCACCGAGGAAGACGUCGCCCAGAGGGACGGCGGAGAGGAGCUCCGCAUCAGCGAGAACCAGAGCAGCCGAGAGGAGCACCAGCCGGGAGACGUCACGGAACACCUCAGUGUCAGAGAGAGGGGUGACCCACGGCGGUUCCUCCUCCACGGCCAGUGGUGUGUCCCGGGGAGGGGAGCGGGGUGUCGCUGGCCGGGGCGACAGCAGGGCGGGUCGAGGGCCGGAGAGCAGGGCUGGGGGGAGGAGCACCAGCAGUAGCUCCUCCAUGACCAGCCUGCGAUCGUCCAGUUUGGGCGUGGCAUCGGCAGCAGCGCCCCCCAGGGGACCUCAAAGGAACAGCAAGACUGAGGAAAAGGGGGUCAACUUCUUCAAGAGUGCCCUGAGGCAGAAAGAGACACGCAGGUCCACGGACGGGGGGAAGCCCACCACCACAGCCAAAGCAGGGACAGGUGAGGCAAAAGGCAGCCUGGAGGAGGGGGCUGGGAGGGGGACUGGAGAGGGGGCUGGGGACAGAGCAGCCAAGAGGGCCCAGCAGGGGAACCCAGAGGCCCAGAUGAACACGCCCGCAGCCAAAGACAAAGAAUCCUCCAAGAUGUCCACCCCAGCCAAGCACUCCAUACUGUCCUCCGUCAAGUCCAAAUCUUCCGGAGCGGAGAUGGGCAUAGCGGAGAAAGCCUCUGCCAAUGGGAAAAAACCUCAGGAAAAGAAGUUGCUGCCAUCCCGAAAGAUCCCCAUCAAUUCGACACGAUCCACCCAGAAGCCCAAGUGA